AUGAAUUCAAUCGUAGGUAUGUUUAACGAUUGGAACGCCUCGUGCAGUAAUCGUAUUAAGGAUCUGCGAAUGAUUCGAGAAAUGUGUAUGCAUGAGAAGUAAGAGAAGCAAAAGAGAAGAGCGUGUAACAACGUCAACGUGGUUAGACAUCGGAAAGAGAUUUGAUAUCCUGUAAUACAGCAAGUAUACAGACAGUAAUGCCCGAGGGUCGAGGGAGCGCGGUGCAUGGCGUAAUGCCACCGCACUAUCUGCACGAGUUGCCGGCAGAGGACGAGAAGAGGUUUGAAAAGAUAUUCCAGAAACUAGAUCUCGAUGGGAAUGGAAGAAUCGACGUGAAAGAUCUGUCGAAAGCACUUCGUAAUGUUGGUGUCGAUAAAUAUUACGCGGAGAAUACUGCUUUGCUAAUUGGCUGGAGCCAGUUACCUUGCUAAAUGCCUUGUUAACUGGACGUCGCCAUCCCCACCAUCUUUUCAUAGAGCAGAAGUUCUGGCAUUGCAAUAGCGUUUACGUUAACUGACCAUGAAUCGGAACCUUGCCUGACCAGCUAUCGUGAAAUGUGUAUUUAUAGGAAAUUUCAAAAAUUUUUGGCCAGAUCCGAUAGUACCAAGAGCGGCGAUAUUACACUUGCCGAGUUUAUACACUAUGUACGCGAACACGAAAAAAAUCUGCGUCUACAAUUCUCUCAUCUUGACACGAAUAAGGAUGAAUGGACAAGGAUGGAAGCCUCACUAUAAGUUUCAACGAAUGGCGAGAUUUUUUGCUUUAUGCACCGAGUACCGAUCUUCUGGGUCUUAUUGAAUACUGGCAUCACACCAACUAUAUGGACAUUGGGGAGGAUAUCGGUGUCCCGGAGGACUUCACAACUGGUGAAAUGGUUUCUGGAAUGUGGUGGCGGCAUUUGGUGUCCGGUGGUGUAGCAGGUGGUGUAUCACGCACAUGUACCGCGCCUUUGGAUCGUAUCAAAGUUUAUUUACAAGUUCAUGGAACGCGACACUGCAAAAUCAAAAGUUGCUUUAGGUAUAUGCUGCGCGAGGGUGGCUCUAUUAGUCUGUGGAGAGGAAAUGGUAUAAACGUACUUAAAAUCGGACCAGAGAGUGCGCUGAAAUUCAUGGCUUACGAGCAAAUUAAGAGAGCGAUCAAAGGAGACGACGUGAGAGAACUUGAACUUUAUGAACGAUUAAUGGCUGGUUCUCUAGCCGGAGGGAUUAGUCAGUCAGCUAUAUAUCCACUUGAGGUGCUUAAAACUAGAUUCGCACUCAGAAAAACGGGAGAGUAUUCAGGCUUAAUAGAUGCAACAAAGAAGAUAUAUAAGCAAGGCGGUUUGAAAUCUUUUUAUAGAGGCUAUGUUCCUAAUUUGAUGGGAAUAAUUCCGUACGCUGGUAUCGACCUGGCUGUGUACGAAACCUUGAAAAAUAGGUAUUUACAAACACAUGACAAAAAUGAACAGCCACCCUUUUGGAUUUUAUUAUUAUGUGGAACAGCUUCGAGCACAGCCGGCCAAGUGUGCUCGUAUCCAUUAGCACUAGUCAGAACACGGUUACAGGCAGAUGUGUCGCCAGGAAAGCCUAAUACUAUGGUUGCUGUUUUUAAGAAUAUUAUUAAGAAUGAAGGAAUUCGCGGUUUGUACAGAGGUUUAACUCCGAACUUUUUAAAGGUGGCACCAGCCGUGUCGAUUAGUUACAUAGUAUAUGAAACCGUCAGGGAUUUUUUGGGUGUAAAUAUGACGUGAUGAUUAUUUAUUUUAGGUGAUAUUAAUUUAACUAAAUUAUUCUUUAACUAUGUCAUAAAAUAUUCAAACAAGUCAGUCGUUGGUUACUAUAUUAAGCAAUUCGGCAUAUCCUGCCUUUUGUUAUAUGUAAUAUCGCUUAUUUAUUGUUAACUCGAAGCUUCUACGAUUAUUUAAACAUAUUUUUCAACUGUAUAAUACUAUUGAACAUAUAGAACAUAUUUAUAACAAAUUUUCAUAUAAGGAAAUGAGUAUAAUAAUAAAUGGCCAGCAUGAGGAAUUUUAAUUAACCUUCAAGGAGUAAACGCAAAGAGUGUAUAAAUUAGUUUAAUCGUAUUUAUUGUUAUGACUUACACUCAUAUUUUGCUUCCGUGAAGAAGAACAAAAAUGUAGAUUCAUAAUUUCAAAAUAGAAAUGAUAGUACAAAAACCAUUAGAAGAAGGAAAAAGUAUUAUGUUUUAUAAUUUCAGUUUUUCAGUGGGAAGAAAACGAAGGUAGUAGAAAGUUGAUAGUUAUAGUUAAGCAAGAAGAAAAAAAAUUCUUCGUACGAUUUGAAAGUCAGGUAAUUUACACACAAAAAUGUAAUUUUAUGAAAAUAUAAAGGAAUGUAUUACUUAAUAAUACAUUACGUAAUGUUACAUAUUCUGCAAAUAGAAGAAUCGAGUUAUAUUAUUACUGUGAUAUGUAUGGUUAUAAGCUAAAUUGGAAAUAUAAUUCAAUGCAUAACAUCCUAUAAAUUUAAAAAAAAUUUGUUUAAUUUUUAUUGUAACUCUUCCAGUAUUUUUAAUCAUAAUGAUGAUAACAAUACCAGUAGUAAUAAUAAUAAUAAUAA